AUGGCAGCUGCUCAGGAUUUGCAGAUGGAGGACAUGGAAGAAGAGAUGGAGGAAGAAAAGAAAAUGAGAGAAGAUGGGGAAGGUAAAGAUCCCUUCAAGAAUAAGAAGGUCCACAGGAUUGUCUCAAACUGGAUGCUUCCUGAACAUGCCCGAAGAACGUACAUGGAGAGAGCUAACUGCCUCCCACCCCCGCUGUUCAUCAUCUCCAUCAGCCUGGCCGAGCUGGCAGUGUUUAUUUACUAUGCCGUGUGGAAGCCUCAGAAACAGUGGAUCACCUUGGACAUGGGCAUCUUGGAGAGUCCGUUUAUCUACGAUCCUAAGAAGAGGGAGGAGGCCUGGAGGUUUAUCUCAUACAUGCUGGUACAUGCUGGAGUUCAGCACAUCUUGGGGAAUCUUAUUAUGCAGCUCGUUUUGGGUAUUCCCUUGGAAAUGGUCCACAAAGGCCUCCGAGUGGGGCUGGUGUACCUGGCAGGAGUGAUCGCAGGAUCUCUUGCCAGCUCCAUCUUUGACCCACUCAAAUAUCUUGUGGGUGCUUCAGGAGGAGUCUAUGCUCUGAUGGGAGGCUAUUUUAUGAAUGUUCUGGUGAAUUUUCGAGAAAUGAUUCCUGCUUUUGGAAUUAUCAGACUACUGAUCAUCAUCGCUAUAAUUGCAUCGGAUGUGGGAUUUGCUCUCUACAGAAGGUUCUUUGUCCCUGCAAAUGAGUCACCGGUGUCUUUUGCAGCUCACAUUGCAGGUGUAUUUGCUGGAAUGUCCAUAGGUUACACUGUGUUUAGCUGCUUUGAUAAGACGCUGCUGAAAGAUCCACGGUUUUGGAUAUCAAUUGCAGCUUAUUUAGCUUGCGUCUUAUUUGCCGUGCUUUUCAACAUUUUCCUAUCCCCAGCAAACUGA